AUGUCGAUUCGAGUUUCUGAAAGCGAAAUUUACGAGGUCGAAAGUGGGAAAAUCAAGGGAAUCGCGUAUAAUAUCGACAAUUGUAAGAAUUAUGUGGCUUGUCUGGGAAUCCCGUAUGCUGCAGCGCCGAUUGGAGAGCUGAGAUUCGAAGUAUGUGAGGUCUAAAGACUUUUCUGUCUCUCAAAAAACGUCUCGUAAAUAUACCUUUAGCUUUGCCAUAUACACUUGUUACUGUUCCUAUUUUAGAAGCCCCAACCGCCAAAGAAAUGGCGAAAUGUCCGGAACUGUACCCACUUUGGAGCCCCUUGUCCGUACAGAGAGCCUCCUAAUGGAGAACACAAACCUCAGCUGGUGCAUUCGGAGGAUUGCUUAUUUUUGAAUGUGUUUGCGCCGGUUGCAAAUAAUCAAGUAAGUUUUAUUAUGUUUUUUAAGUGUAGAAGUGGCCAAGUUUUGAAUGCCAACUUUAUCAUAAUUUACAUCUGAUAGUGAGAGAGGAAAUAGGGAAUUUUAUAAAGUAUAUUCAGAUCAAACGUGCUUUUUUGAACCCUUUUUUGAGAGUUUUAGAAUCAUCAAUAAAAAUUGUGAGUCUUUUUUUCUAAUUUCCUGGUCAAUCUCUUCUUGUUUUCGAUCGUCUCGCGCUCGCAGAGAUUGUUGAAUAUCUCGACUGCCUCUUCAAAAUACAUAUUGAAAUUUUCAUAAUUUGUUACAUGUUGUAUGUAGUUCACGUCUGCGAAAUUCAGAGAGAAUCUGGCCACUUUCAGCCAACCAAAUAAACUUUUUGAUUUGAGGCUCCCUACAGUAAUAUAAAGUAAAAAUGAGCCUUUUUGCUAAUUCCAAUUUUCCUCAGCGCCCUUAUAAAUGUUGACUAGACCACUCAGUAAUCUAACUGUCUCACUGAACCUGUUUUCAGUAUUACAAAGCCAAGAAAUUGCCAGUUUUUGUCUUCAUCCAUGGUGGUGGAUAUGUCUUCGACAACGCCGCCAACUACGGAUGCUCCUCAAUCUGCCAAAACCUUUGCUCCAAGGACGUGGUAGUUGUCACCCUCAACUAUCGCCUCGGGCUUUUCGGCUUCUUAACAUUGAACGAUGGAAAAGUUAAGGGCAAUUUUGGGCUUUGGGAUCAAACCGAAGCCCUAAAAUGGGUCAAAAAGAACAUUCACGUGUUCGGAGGGGACCCGGAGAAUAUCACAGUUGGAGGACACAGUGCUGGAGGCUCGUCGUCUGAUUUGUUGGCCAUUUCUCCGCAUUCCAGAGGUAAGAAAUGGGGGAGAAUGAGAUUUUUUGGAAUAGAUGGUCAUGUAUAAUAUAAAUUAAUGCUGCAAAGGGGUUUUGGCAAUAGUAUAUUAACCAACUUGUGUUUCAUGAGCAUUUUUAAAGCAAAUCUUUCAUUUUUGUUAGUUUCGGGGCCAUAGAAACAGCUAAAACAGAAUGCCAAAUAUGGCGGGAAAUUUGAAUUUUUAAAGGGUUCUUCCCGAUUUUUCAAGUUUUUCGGACAUUCCCGAGAAAGUAAUGAUCUUUGCAACUAGUAAUUUCCCCAUCCUUGAAACACUCAAAAAUCGACAAAUUUGCCUCAGUAUUACCCGUUUCACCUUGUUUUAGACCUCUUCCAACGCGUAAUCCUCUUCGCUGGCGCCUCCAAAUGCGGAUUUGCCGUGGAAUCCCCGGAAACAAUGCGGCGACGAGUCUGGAAGUUCGCCGCAUCCAAAGGCUACCCCAAAACUGAAGCCGAUUUUUCCACAAAAUCGGCGGCGAACGAGGAUUUGAUGAGAUUUUUGAGAUUGCUGAAAGCCGAUGAUCUGAGACUUGGCCUGGCUGGACUACCCGCUUUCGCCAAGGAGUUUACAAUGCACUGUGCGCCUGUUGUUGAUGGAGACUUUUUCCCGGAGGAAAUCGAGAAAUUGAGAAAAAAUGCGCCGAGAAAGCAGAUUUUGGUUGGAGUCACCCUGUUUGAGGGGCUGAAUUUGGGUGAGUUUAUGUUAAUAUAGCAUUCAAAAAGCUGUUUUAUGAAGUAAAAAGUCUUCUACAUUCUUUUUUUUCAUAUCUUUUCUGCAAAUUUCGGGAAUUGUAUAUAAUUUUUGAUCCAAAAACAUUAAAAAUUGCCAUGGAUAAGAUAAUCUGAUGUUUGAAAUCGGCAGAACUUUAAAUAAAAAUACCAAACACAAAGGUCGGACGUAUUUUACCAUCAGUCUUGACAUUUUUAACCGAAUUUUCAGCGUUUCCAACCUCUAAAACACAAUGCCAAAAAUGGCGGGAAAUUUAAAAAUUUGAAUUUUUAAGCUUCCAGUCAUGGGUAAAAUACGGUAGAAUUAGCCGUGCUGUAAAUAGAGUGCAAAUUUUCAGCAAUUGGCCAAUCCGGAGACAAGCUGACUAAAUUUACCCUGAGGCAAAUCGGAUUUGGAUUGAAGCAAAAGAACCCGCAGAUCGUCCAAGAAGUCUACAACGAAAUGUUGGGCUCUACAACUUUCAAGAAUACUCAUGAGCAGAACGUUUUCAACGUCAAUGUAAGCGAUUUUUCGACUAAUUGAACCACUUUUUUAUAUUGCUUUAGGUUCUUUCCGACUUUUUCAUCAAUAACGGAGUCUGGGAGAGUGCCAAAAAUUGGCAAAAUGCGGGAUCCGAAGUGUUUUUGUAUACCUUCGAUUAUAUUCAAAAGGGCAUGCUGAAAACGAUGCAAAAAUAUCUUCCAUUCGAAGGUGAGUUGGUGAUGGAUAAUAUAAAAUUUUAUCUGAAAAGAGUUUUUUGAUGGUAAAACGUGGUUUUUGAGGGUUGAAAAGCCUUCAAAAAGACUUCUGUGGCCAUUCUUACAUUAGAAAUGAUCUUUUUGAGGCUUGAAACAUAAUGCCAAACUUGGCGGGAAUUUUAAAUUUUGAAUCGUAAAUGGAUGAAUUUUGGUUUGUUAUAACGCACAGCAUCCCCACUGCGUAUUUUACACUCAUUUUGAUCAUUCUCUAACGAGAUCGGUUAUCUUUUUAGUGCUGAAACAGAAUGCCAAAUUUUGGCGGGAAAUUCAAAAUUAAAAUUUUUUAUUGUUUUCAGCGGCUUGCCACGGAGUUGAGAUGGCCUUUAUUUUUGGCCAAAAUAUCCUGGCCGACUCAAACUUGGAACGACAAGAUCUCGAGGUUUUGGAGCGAUUCACCAGCUAUUUGACCAACUUUAUCAAACAUGGGUAAGAUCAUCAAAAUUUUUAGACAAAAAAUUAAUUUUUUAGUAAUCCAAGUGGCGAUGGUCAGGUUUUCACUCCACUUACUGGUCGGAAUCUCUUCAAACAUGUGGUAAUUGAGGGCAACAAGACCUACGAAAAGGAUGACUUUUGCGGUGGAAGGCCUGAGAAAUGGAUUCAGAUCAGAGAAAGCAUCCGAGCUGGUAGUAAAUUGUAG